AUGGAGGAAAAGUCCAAGUUCAACACGCGCUAUCUCAUACGCCAGCCCCUUGCGCUCCAAUGGUUCGAUAAUGGGAAGCUCUGCAAGCGCAGUGAGGAAGAGCGCCAGGCCAGCCGUUUCGAGCUUUUCCUCGAUCUUCUCUAUGUCGCUAUUCUGGCCAAUUUUGCUGAAACCCUGGCUGAAGAUGUCACCGGGGUGAAGCUUGUCAAAUACAUUUUGAUUCUGUCCCCAUCAUGGCACGUCUGGAGCGAUCUCCGCGAACUGAUGAACAGCUUCUACAACGAUGACCUCCUCCAGCGCAUUCUCAUUCUCUGGGUUAUGGCCACCCUGGUCGUCUACGGCAACAAUGCGCCUCUGGUCGACGAAGACAUCUCGGCAAUGCGCUCAGCGGUGGGCGCAUAUAUCGUGGCGCGCAUGUCUGCCACUCUUGCGCAUCUUUUCUACUCUUUUAGCAGUUACCAUCACCGUGCACAACAGCGUCUGUGGUUCUGCACCUCCGUCGUCGGCCUGUGUCUCUACAUUCCUCUGUUCGUCGAGAGCCUCUCCCUUCGCAAAAAGAUUGCCGUCGCCGCUGUCGCCAUAAUCUUUGAAGAGGUUGCAUGGCUCUUCUGCUACUCGCCCACCGCCAAACGAAUGCUCGGCGCCCGCUACACCACAGCAGUCGAUAUCUCGCACGAAAUCGACCGAUUCGCGGCAUUUUAUAUCAUUGCGCUCGGCGAGUUCCUAUAUACCAUCGUCGUCGGCUCCCCCGCGGCAACCGGGUUCAAUCUCUCCCUACUCCGCGCUGUAUGGACGCUGAUCAUCGCUUUUUGUCUGAACUGGAUGUAUCUCCACAACGACUGCUCUGUGGAAUCCACACACCCGCUGAGACACAGUAUCCCCACAGCCAUUGCCUGGGCGCCGCUCCACCUCCCACUCAUCGCCAGUUUGCUAGCUGGAGGGCACGUUGCCGCCGCGAGCGCCAAAGUCACCACGUCCGGGGAAGCCUCGGCAGAGGGCGGCGGUGGCGAAGGAGAAGAAAGUUUCAGCGAUGGCCAGCGCUGGCUCCUCUGCGCCAGUCUGGGGGUUGGCAUGUUCUGUCUCUAUGCGAUCGCCCUGUUACACGCCUCAAAGGAUACCGGCUGUAUACUGAUGCUGCCCAAGCCGCUGCGUCUGAUGAUGCGUCCCAUUGUAGGACUCAUUCUCGUGCUGCUGCCGCUAGCACACAAACUCAACUUGACCGAAACCCUGUCGAUUGUCAUGGCGCUUGUCGUGUUUUGCGUCAUCUGGGAGAAUGUCACCAGUCUGCAACGUGGUGCCAAGAUUUGGGAGUCGUGGACCGAUACCAGCUAUCCUGAGGGCGGGAAUAAGGGCUACUGGGUGUCCAACGCCAAUUCCAAUGCGCCUCCUGGCGGCCAGGCUACAGAUGAAUUCGUGGAACCAGGCAAGGAGGAGCCGGUUUUGGGGAAUAGCAGCGCCAGUGCAUAA